AUGGGUUUGAAGCAUAUCCAACAGGAACCAACUAUUGAAAAAAAAGAAAAAAAACUGAAGGUCAACACAGUGGAAGUUGAACCAGAAGUACAACCAGUAACAAACAAUGUAGAGAAAUCUUCAAAUAAAAAGAGUUCGCUAAAUGAAGAAAGUUGGCCUGCUUUAAGUGAAGUUUCGGAGCAGACGCAAAAUACAGUGAAGAAAUCAACUAAUGGUAAACCAGGACAGAAUGGUGGUAACCAAGGACAAAAUGGUAACCAAGGUCAAAAUGGUAACCAGGGACAGAGUGAUUCAGGGGGAGAUGACUCUGCUAAAGAGAAUAAAGAAAAUGGAAAUGGAGUUGAACCUGCACAGAGAACUCCAAAAGGAUCUAAAAGAGGAGCUAAGGGCUCAAGACAAAGAUGGGUACCAUUAGAUAUAGAACCCCCUAAAAGAAGUCGCUCACAGGGUCGAAGGUCACCACCACCCAACAGACGUGGUGACCCACGCAGACGCACUGGAGAAAGAGAAAGAUUAGGUUCAGACAGUAAGGAUUGGAGAGCAGAUAUAGCAGGUUCCCAGUCUGGUGAAGGGCGUGGAGGAUUUUUCCCACGUGGUAGAGGUAGAGGAAGGGGCAGAGGUGGACGUGGUAGGGGCAGAGGACGAGGAGUCCCUGGGGCAGGAGAUACUGGUGCUGAUUUUGCUGGAGGUGAAAUAGGAUCAGAAGGUUUCUAUGUAGACCCUAACUAUGUACCAUAUCAAACUGUAUAUUUUACACCACCAGCUGUAGAAGAUAAUGUUCUUAAAGAUUUCAUUAAAAAACAGAUUGAAUAUUAUUUUAGUGAAGAGAAUCUAGAACGAGAUUUUUUCCUCCGCCGUCGAAUGGACAAAGAAGGCUGGUUACCUGUUUCAUUAAUUGGUAAUUUCCACAGAGUUCAGGCUUUAUCACAAAAUCAAGAGUUUAUAUUAGAGGCAAUGAGAGAAAGUGACAAAGUAGAGUUAAACGAGGAUGAAACAAGAAUAAGGGGGACAAUAGAACCUACUAAAUGGCCAAUAGAUGGCAUGCCAGUUAUAUCAUCUAAUUUACAUGCAGAUGUUCCUGAAUUUGUACCUGGUCAAGCAUAUCAAUUCCCAAAUCCUGAUACCCACACUUCAACAGAAGACAGUAAUUGGAAUAAUAAUAACAGAGAAAAUACUAAUGAAUUGCUAGCAGACAUCCCUCCAGUACUUUCAUCUUCUGCCCCAGAGUUACAGGGGGAAUGGAUGGAGGUCAAACAGAAAAAGAAAAAAUCUAAAGACAUUAAAGAUAAACCUAAAUCCAAGGAUGAUAAAGAUGAUGAAGAACCAGAGCAAGAAGAACUGGAUUUUAUGUUUGAUGAGGAGUUGGAUCAACUAGAAGUUGGUAGAAAAAAUAACUUUACAGACUGGUCAGAUAAUUCUGAUGAUGAGCUAGCUGACAGUGACAUCUCGAAGAUUUUAAUUGUUACCCAGACACCACCUGCAUUACGGCGCCAUCCCCAGGGUGACAGAACCGGGGAUCAUACAUCAAGGUCAAAAUUAACGACAACUUUCGGUAAAAUAAUUAACGAUGGAUUGUAUUACUAUGAGCAAGAUUUAUGGGAUGGAUCAUAUAAGAAUGACCCCAAUGAGUAUAAGAAUGUGAAUAUUAUCAGUGAAGAAGAAUUUAAAACUAUCACCCCACAGAAAGAAACAAUACAACAGGAAGUGCCCCCUCCACCACCAUGUGUAGUCCAAACAACAGAACCAAAGAAUGUACCGUCUUCCCCAGGCUCAGGUCAAGGUCAGAGCCAGGCUCAAUCGUUACCUGCUCGUGUUCCCGAUACGCCUGGUAGACGUGAAGGACCUAGGACACCACACAGUCGAAAAGAUUCCAAUCAAGCUCCACGAUUUUUCCCAGUGAUAAAAGAUGCAUCAAGACCUCAAGAUCCUCAGACGCCAAGAAAGAAGAAGACACGACACAGCAGCAACCCACCGUAUGAGGGACAUGUUGGAUGGGUGAUGGACUCUAAAGAACAUAAAGCUCGUUCUAGACAUAACUCUUCUUCAAGUGAUGCUCCUCUGUCGUCAAGCUAUGGCAGCACUCCUCAGUCAUUCCCUCAUUUCGAACAUCCUUCACAUCAGCUGUUAAAAGAAAAUGGCUUUGUGUGGCACGUUUACCAAAAAUAUCACGCUAAAUGUCUCAAAGAACGAAAGAAGUUAGGAGUUGGAGUGUCACAAGAGAUGAAUACUUUAUUCCGUUUCUGGUCUUUCUUCUUACGGCAACGCUACAACCGAAAAAUAUUCCAAGAAUUUCGCACUUUGGCCUGGGAAGAUUCUCAAGCUGGCUAUAGAUAUGGACUUGAGUGUAUGUUCCGUUUCUAUAGUUACGGUUUAGAGAGACGAUUCCGACUGGAAGUUUUCAAAGAUUUCCAGGAAGAUACGAUACGCGAUUAUGAAUCUGGUCAAUUGUAUGGUUUGGAGAAAUUCUGGGCCUUUUUAAAAUAUUCUCGACGUCCAGUAGAAAUAGAUGAAAAGUUAAAAGGCUGGUUGUCUGGAUACAAGAGACUAUCAGAUUUUAGAGUAGAGAUGCCAGAGGCAGAUGUUGGAAAACCAGAAAAAGCCAACCAACCACAAGGCAAGGAUUCAAAUCAGGAUAGCCAAUCAAAAGGCACAACAGAGAAGACGAAGGCAUCAAGCAGCCAAUCGUAG